CAGUCGCGUUGGUAAGUUUAUUAUUGAUCGCCCUGGGCGAGUAGGUCACGCGAAAAUUUAUAAAAAUGAGCCUCAAAAAUGGAGCAAAAAUGUCUCAGCGUGAAAAAUUCGAUUUAAUCAACUCUGAAGUGCGUUCAUUUUAUGAAUAUUGUAAGGAGGCGGGUAUAUCUGAUGAAGAGAUGGACAUCAUUUGCCGUCCUCUUACGAACGCUGUCAGAAAAGCUUCUAUUAAAAGAUGGACAAGGGUUUUUAUGUUCCUGAUAAUGGUCUUGGCUAUCGGAUACACUGUGAGCCAGACGGACACGUUUCAGUGGCACGCUUCCGCAGCUGCGAGGAUUGUGUUGAUAAAAUUACUUCCUAUUUGGGAUUGGACCCCGUUGUAUUAUAACAAGUGUCUCAUUGAGAGGUCACAGCCUCAGAACCUAGAUAACAAUGUCGUGUCGGCAGCUGAAUGUGUUGCUUGUGAAGCUAUAAAGAACAUCGUCCGUGUAUCAGAUGCUAACUACAACAUAGUGUUCAACCACCAUCUCUUGAGGGGUGCACCAGUCAUAGUGGUAGACGCCCAUUACGAUUGGUCCAUGGCACGAAACGACCUCAACCUGACCGGCCUCAUCAGCAGCGAUGAUCGGCUGCGUGACUCGGUCCCGUGCAGAGUGCUCACCAACAUCCGGUUAGGGCGCCAACCGAUGGACCUAGAGGAAAUCGUAUCCAGAAUUACCAACACAGAAAUACCAAGCUGGUUCGUCCACUUCCAAAACUGCGAUAUAAGAGCAGUGAAAUCUUUCAGAAUCCUCGCUCCUCGCCCCUAUUUCCUGUCCCCUCACAUCCCCCCAUCCCAUUUCAACUGGUUACUCCUAUCAAAGAAUUAUGACACGCAUAGAUACAAGUAUCUAGAGCUGGAUGUCGGUCUUAUUAUAAUGUCCCAGCUUAAAGGGAAGACCCAGAUUCAAUUGAAACCUCGAGCGCCGUGCGAAGAAGACUGCUUCACUUUGCACUUUGAAGUGAACGAAGGAGAAACUUUAGUCCUCGCAAAUUCACUCUGGGAAUUCGAGUAUUUGCCUGGGAAAGGGGACAACGUGGCGAUGUUGACAGAGACGGACUGGGUGGAGUCAUAAUGACGAUUUUAAAGCUAAGCCUCGAGUUCGUGUAGAUGUGUUGUUGUCAUGUUUGGUCCAUGUUAGGGGGAAACGGCGGGCUAAUUGCCCCAAUUAACUAUUAACGAUUUUUUAUUCGUUACGUACAUUUUUAACAUACCUACCUGCGUAAUGUUGCGAGAUUUCAUAUGUUGGACAUGAUUUUUUAAAGAGCAAUGUCUACGUCAAUAUGUCUGCUUAAACUGAAUAAUGUGAAUCUGGGUUUCGAGUAAAAACAAUUUUAAUGUCCAUUUUUUUACGAUGUGUUCAUAAAUACCGCGUCAAAG